GAAGUGGCGGAUUCCUUUUUCAAAUCCGGCAAACCACCCGAGAUUAAUUAGCGUCCACGAUUCCAGAUUUCACCGCACUCCUCUCGACGCCGAAACAUUUGAUCUUUCCCUGUUGACAUUCACCAUGGCGGCAACUCAAAAAGAACUCCAACAGGUUGACGACGAGGAACCGAAGCCAGGCUCCGAGUUAACAAGCCAGAUCGUGGACGAGCUGCGUCAGAAGCCCUACAACAAGCUCGCUGCUUACCUCGCCGCUCACGAUGUCAUCCAACGUCCGUUUGAGCCCGCUUCCUAUCUCUCGGGUGACGAGACAGUCGAGGCUACAUGGAACCUUGAUCGACCUGAGCGAGCGAUGGCGCUGGCUGUUUAUAUUUUCGAGGAGGGCAAACAGGAGAAACCGAACUGCAAGAAAUGCAGCAAAAGUAUUGGGCCGCUCCCUGCCCCUGUGUGUUUUGUCCCUAGCAGCGAUGUCUUGGGCGGAGCAUGCACCAAUUGCGCCUAUUCUGGCCGCCGUCUUGGAUGCAGCUUUGUUCAAGAGGAGGAAGCCCGGCGCGUGGAAAAAGAGAGAGGGAAGAAACCGAAGAUCCAGUCACUGACAUCGGUUCUUCUUCAACAUAUGUCCUUUUCUGAGCUCGAGGAAUUGCAGCGCCUGCUGCGUGAUGCGCUUGAGCGCCGCCGGAACUCAGGGGGUUAAUGAAGGUUGGGGAAAAGGUUUUAAACCCAGUUUGAUGCAACUUCGUGUUGUGCAGCACCGCCCCCAUAGUUAUGCAUGAAGGAUGGUCGAGUCACAUCUCACUAACACUGAUACAUGAUGUCUGUUGAUCCCUUGCUACCCAUGAGUCACAGUUAGCUCAGAAGAUUACUUAUAUGACUACCAGCCCUCACUCAAGCCAGGCCUCAUACUUCUUCAUUGAUUGUAACCAAGCUAGGCACAAUGGCUUCUCAAGCAAACAACGGGCCACAAGAGGCCACUACUGCUAUGGCAGCAAUUAAGCUUGACAAGAAAGGUGUGUAUGGUUCUGGAAUCUCCGAGUUCUUCCUAGUCAGUGGUUAAUCAUUCUCUC